AUGUCGCAGACGGUCGGAAAGACCCGUCUUGCCUACUCUCGCGCCUGGCAUUAUGUCGACGCCGGCUCCGAUCCUCGCUCCCUCGGCCGACUGGCCUCCUCGAUUGCCCUCGUUUUGAUGGGCAAGCACAAGCCGAUCUAUGAUCCGUCGACCGACUGCGGCGACUACGUGGUGGUUGCCGGCUGCCACGACCUGCGUACGACCGGCAAGAAGCGAUUCCAGAAGAUGUACUACACCCACAACACCCGUCCCGGUAGCCUGAAGAGCAUGACGAUGGACCAGAUGUUCGCCAAAUGGGGGGUGGAGCCGCGUUUAGCCCGGCUAAAGACAUUUGAGGGCCUGGCGCAUCCCUACAAGGAGAACAUCGUUAAGUUUGGCAAUCAAUCUAUCCUGAACCAGCCGGAAGUGCAAGACGCCUUCCAGGCGGACAAGCCAUCGGCAUAG